AUGGCGCUGCGAGCGUUGCUGGCGCUGCUGGCGCUGCUGGCGGCCGCGGGGCCGUGCGCCGCCCACGCCAUGCUCAGGGACUACCGCUCGCUGCAACGCAACGUCACCUACCUGCUGGACGCGCUGCUCAGCCCCAGCCGUUACGACAAGCGCAUCCGCCCGGGCCUCGGCGGCCCUCCAGUGGUGGUGACAGUGAACAUGCUCAUCAAGAGCAUGGGUCCGGUCUCUGAGACAGACGAGGAGUACGUGAUGGACUGCUACUUCCGGCAGACGUGGUUCGACAAGCGCCUGACGUUCCACUUCCCGGGCAUGGAGACGUUCUCGAUGCCCUGGCUGUUCCUGGAGCGCGUGUGGAAGCCCGACACCUUCUUCAUGAACGGCAAGAAGUCGCACUUGCACCGCAUCACCGUGCCCAACAAGUUCCUGCGGCUCGGCCAGGACGGCUACCUCGUCUAUUCCAUGCGGCUCACCAUCAAGGCGUCCUGCCCCAUGCACCUGCGCAAGUUCCCGCUCGACACGCAGAAGUGCCCUCUGCUCAUCGGCAGCUGUGAGUGGCAGCGCCUACAAGGGAAGCGAUUUGAGAGAGUUUCUGGCGUUCGAGUUUUCUAGGAAUUAUGAACUUUCGCUCGUGAGGAUCUAGCAACUAAAGCAUCCUAAAUUUCCCGGAUUUAUCUUGAAACUACUUGUACUUCUACCAGUCUUCUGAAAAUGUUUUCAUUGGAAUACCCUAAGGCAGAACCAGACCUACAUCGCUGUUACGCUGAGUUGAGGGGCCCACAUUUCCAAGUUGGGUUCUACUAUGAAGUAAUUUGCACGUUGAAAUCAAUUCCUUACGCAGUGCUGAGUUAUCGCGCGGGAAUAUCCGAUGUAGUUCAGCGGGGGGGGGGCGAGGAGGGGGAGCCUCGACGGACGCAGCGCGUGCGCGGGAUGGGCCCCGGGGCGGGCGCCCCUCGCGCCGGCCAGGCCAUUGAUCGCCCUCCAGCGCCGCCCCGGCCGCCCGUCAAGGGGCCCAACAAACCUGCGAUGGUCUGCCGGGAUUAUCCCCAUCCAGGUAUCUCCAGCCGAGCAAGCACCGCCUCGGUCGGCAAAAGCUCUAAGCUCCCGACAGUAGUGUGGUGGUGAAGUACCUCUGUGAGUGUGUGUAAGCCUGGGCAAGGAGUGAAGGAAAAAUUGCGCGGCAUUUGUCUGGCGUUGAUCGGAGAAAUCAUGGGAAACUGCC